AUGUCAACGGGCACCACCUCAUCAAUUCGAACUCUACACGAACCUUGUCCAGAAGAUCAUCCUGUUCAUCUUCAAGAUGUUUCUUUGCUAGAUCGAGUCACCCGUGAAACGGUCCCAUUCUUCGACAUGCCGCAUCGAUCUGUUUCGAAUAUUACAAUAGUCCCGCAAAUGGAAGUGGCGUGGCAUGAACUGUCAGCUGAGAUUGGGAAUUCCAGCAAAGCAGCGGAAGAAGGAUAUUCACAAAAGAUUCUCGAUAAUGUUUAUGGUGUUGCGCGGCCCGGUGAAAUAAUGGCAAUUUUGGGAAGCAGUGGAUCGGGUAAAACGACUCUUCUCAAUGCCCUUUCCCAAACAAACACAAAACCAUUGGCGCUCAGGGGACAGAUUAAGGUCAACAAUCUCCCUGUAGACUCUGAUUAUAUGCGAAAAAUCAGCGCUUAUAUCCAGCAGGAUGACCUAUUUAUUGGUUCACUUACGGUGCGCGAGCACUUAUCCUUCGUGGCCAGGUUGCGGAUGGGCAAAAAACAUUCUGUCAAUGCACAGGAUAAACGCGUGCGGACUGUGAUCAGAGAACUCGGAUUGGAUCCAGUGGCUGACCAAAUCAUCGGAACCCGAACGAAAAAGGGUCUAUCCGGCGGAGAAAAAAAACGACUUGCAUUUGCACAAGAAAUUUUGACAAGCCCUCCUAUAUUGUUUUGUGACGAGCCGACGUCAGGUUUGGACUCGUUUCUCGCACAGCAAGUCUUGAAGGUUCUAAAAGAUUUGGCUCAAUUGAAAGGAAUGACCAUCAUCAUUACCAUCCAUCAACCGAGCAGUCAAGCCUUUGCACUCUUCGACCGAAUUUAUGCUUUGGUCGAGGGAAAAGUAGCAUUCUGUGGAACGCAAGCUGAAGCUAUUGACGCGUGGAUAAGAUUUGGUCGACCCGUGCCCAAAAAUUUUAAUCCAGCCGACCAUAUCAUACGGACGCUUGCUAUUGUGCCGGAGAAUGAUGAGAUGGCUCAACGGGAAGCAGUCAAUGAAAUGUGCGAAAAAUUCGCUGAGAGUCCGCUGGGUAAGCAACUGUUAUUGGCCGCAAGUGGCGGUGAAGAUGAUAAGGAUUCUCCACUAGAGAAGAUCCAAAGAAGGAAACGAGAGCGUCGAGCUUUGGGAAAAUAUGAAAGCAGUUACUUUCAACAGCUUCUUAUGCUAUGUUGGCGGCAUAUAGCUACAAGCUUUCGGGAACCAACGCUGAUCCGAGUACAACUUAUGCAUUCCAUUGUCAUCGCAAUUCUUACCGGACUCGUCUUUGUUGGAACGCCACUCAUUCAAUCUACAGUAUUGACCAUCAACGGUGCCCUAUUUCAGUGCAUCACAAACAUGAGCUUCAUGUUUCAAUUCAGUGCCGUUCACCACUUCCAAUCAGAAAUCCCAGUUUUCUUUCGUGAGCAACGCAAUUACCUCUAUCGAACGAGCCCAUACUUUUUGGCGAAAAAUUUGGUUGAGUUACCGAUUUUCCUGCUACUCUCAACCGUGUUUUGCUCGAUUCUAUACUGGAUGUCUCCAUUGGUCAUUAAAUUCGAUGCCUUCUUGGUGUAUUGCUUGGUAGCUGCCUUGGUACAACAGUCGGCGAUUUCGAUUGGCUAUUUUUUCUCAUGUGCUGUCCCAAAGCUGCCGGUAGCAAUGGCACUGAUGCCAAUCUUUGUCGUGCCGAUGAUGGCGUUUGCCGGAUUUUAUAUAAAUCAGGAAUCGCUUCCUAUCUACUUUUACCCACUCAAGUAUUUUUCCUGGUUUAAUUACGGGUUUGAAGCGAUGGCUGUCAAUCAAUGGUCCAGAAUCGACGAAAUUCCUGGUUGCGUGUCUACCAAAUGCCGCUACCCGGAUGGCGCUGCUGUGCUGAAAUCAAUGUCGUUUGUUGAAUCCAAUCUUUGGCGGGAUGUCAUCCUCUUGGUCGCUUUAAUAUGUGCCAUUCGAUUUUUUGCAUUUAUUGCCCUUUACAUUCGUGUUCGUCGCAACAAA